CGAUCGCCGAUCAGAGCUGUGUGGUCCGGUCGAAUCGACGAUCAUAAUCGACGAUUUUUUUUUGGAACGCGCGCCAAGAGUCCCAGUAAUAUUGGUACAGUAGUGUUUGUGCGCGGUGACGUUGGUGACUGUGAUACGCGGGGGGUUGUUGUUUGACGGAUUAUGACGGUGAGGACUAAGUGAAUAUUCGUACAGAGGAAGAAAACGCUAACGAGGGUCAGUAUCCUGCAGGUCGCCUUCUGGAGGUGACCUAAUUGGCAUUUAUCGGUAAAAUCAUGUUUCCAAAUUACCAACUUCCGCGCGCGUCUUAUCAUCCAAUCAUGGACAUGAACUAUAUGAAUCAGACUUGCAAAGUGUGCGGGGAGCCGGCCGCAGGAUUCCAUUUUGGCGCGUUCACCUGCGAGGGCUGCAAGUCGUUCUUCGGCAGAUCCUACAACAACAUCAACUCAAUCAACGAUUGCAAAAACAACAACCGAUGCGUCAUCAAUAAAAAGAACCGGACCGCGUGUAAAGCGUGCCGCCUGCGCAAGUGCAUGGCAGUGGGCAUGUCCAAAAGCGGUUCCAGAUACGGCCGAAGAUCCAAUUGGUUCAAGAUUCACUGCCUGCUCCAGGAACAGCAGCAGAAGCAACUCCAGGAGACCGGAGAAGAGCACCCGCCCCCCGAAGUCAUGUCGAACCAGUUCACUUCGCCGCCGCCGAACCACACGAACCCGAUGGGCAUGAGGUUGCUUGGCGCGAAUCCUUUCACGCCACCGUUGCUCCAUUUGCCACGAACGCGGGAGGAACUGAUGCUGUUGGGGCUGGACGAAUCGUUCAGGCAUUCGGCUAGUCCGUCGGUGAGCUCCCCCGAGUCCCACAACUCCGACUCCUCCGUUGAGGUGGCCGACCCCAGGAGGAUACCUCUUAUACCUGGCUUGCUACCGCCGACAUUCCUCCCGCCUCCGGGUUUGCUGUUUCCCCCAGGAUACCCGCCGUUUUAUCCCGGGUUGCUGCAGCCCGCAGCUGCUAACAACAACAAUGACCGCCUGGUAAGGAACAACAACCCAGUGGUCGAGGCGAAAGUGAAACGGGAGUACUUGGAUGCCGUGCUGCAACUCCAGAGGACGACCACACCUCCGGAGGAGAAGGUGCGGACUCCGGUGCCUGUCCCGAGUCCCAUUCAAGACACCCCGAUAGAUCUGAGCAUGAGGACUAUGAGCGAGAGGGGCUCGUCGCCAGCGGGUAGCGAGAGGUCCGGUUCCAUAGCCACGGAACGUGGCCUGGGGAGCGAGAGGAGCGACGAAGAUAGCGACUGCGAGUCGGAAACUAGGGAAAUGAGUAGAAUCAGUUUGUUGAGGCCCACGCCGUUAGACUUGACGACGAAAGUUUGAUGACGCGAUACGUUCUCGUAUUUGUUUUCUUUUUUCAUGCGGAAAUUUUUCCGGUCACGCCGCUUGCGUCGGGAGUGCCUUACGUUUGUUUGUUGUUAACUUUGAUAGUAGGAAAUGUAACAUAUUGUACAUAAUAGAGAAGUUAAAUUAUCCAGACGAAAGUAUAGUGAUAUUACGUGUAGAAAUAUGCUGUUUUUUGUUCUCUUAGUGAAUUUAGUGGCCAGUAAUGUCAUAGUCGUAGCGUUUUUUUUUCUUUAAUCCUGUCGAUCGGCGUCGCGACAGUGGCGGAUCGCAUUCGAACAGUGCAAUGUUGUCGUUUUUCCUUAUUUAUUUUUUUAUUUGUAAAAAAAAGACAAACGUUACUCGCCGCGGGCAUUCGAGUGUGUUUUUUUUAUUUUUAGCGGUUUUUUAUUACAGAUAUUUUUGUUUGUUAAUAUUUUGUAUGUAUGCGAGUGAUCUGAAUAGUUUGGGGACCAGGGCCAGUUUUUGAACGAAUGUGAGUGAUUCUUUUUGUACAAGGCUGCUUGCAAAACAGUUAAUAAAAACUAUUU